GAAUAUGAGCAAAAAUAAACUUGAAGCAGAGCGGAAAACGAGGAAGGAGGAGAGAAUGCCAUGAGCUCUCUGCAACAACUCUAUAAUAGUGGUUUAGUGGUACUAUCACUUACUACCAGUCAAAAACAUUCUUACUUUUAUAAGACCAAUCAAGUAUUGCGUAGGAGCCACUAUCUUGAAUCAACUCUUAAUCCAAGAGCAUCUCUUCAUCUUUCUGCUAAAACUCGUUUAACAUCCCUAACUAGUCACUCAUUUCUCCCAGAAAUUACUAAUCUUUGUGAAAUUGGUAAUUUAACUGGAGCCUUAACCAUUCUUCAGGUAAACUUACAAAAUGCUACUUACAAUUCACUACAAACAAAACAAGCAAUCGGUAUUCUGCUUCAAGCCUGCGCCCAUAAUAAAGACAUCGAAACUGGUCGAAAAAUCCACGAAAUUGUUUCAAAGUAUGGUCAGUAUAGAAAUGACUGCGUUCUUAACAACCGUCUCAUUACAAUGUAUGCCAUGUGUGGGUCUGCUUUGGAUUCUUUUCUUCUGUUUGAUAAUUUGCAGAAGAAGAAUUUGUUUCAAUGGAAUGCGCUCAUUAGUGGGUACACUAGAAAUGAACUUUAUUUUGAUGCACUUAACGUGUUUGUGGAAAUGAUAAGAGAGACAGAGUUUAAACCUGAUAAUUUUACUUUCCCUUGUGUGAUAAAGGCUUGUGGUGGGGUUUUAGAUGCUGGGUUAGGUAAAGUGAUCCAUGGAAUGGUAAUAAAGAUGGGCCUGGUUUCUGAUGUUUUUGUGGGUAAUGCUUUGGUUGCAAUGUAUGGAAAAUGUAGGUUAAUUGAUGAAGCAGUGGAAGUGUUUGAUUGUAUGCCAGUGAGAAAUUUGGUUUCUUGGAAUUCAAUAAUUUCUGGGUUUUCUGAAAAUGGGUUUUCUCGUCAGAGUCUUAAUAUGUUGGUGGAGAUGUUGGUCGGAGAGGAAGGAUUGUUACCUGAUGUUGCAACAAUGGUGACUGUAUUACCAGUUUGUGCAAGAGAAGCAGAAGUUGAUCUGGGAAUGGGAAUUCAUGGUUUCGCUGUGAAACUAAGGCUGAGCAAUGAGGUAACAGUGAACAAUGCUUUGAUAGACAUGUAUUCAAAGUCUGGGUACUUGUUUGAAGCACAAUUGUUAUUUGAUAAGACCAAUAGCAAAAAUGUGGUUUCUUGGAAUACAAUGAUUGGGGGUUUAUCUAAAGAAGGAUAUAUCUACAAGUCAUUUGAUCUUUUGAGGAAAAUGCAGAUGCAAGGGAACGUAGAGGCUAAUGAGGUUACUUUGUUGAAUAUUAUGCCUGUUUGUUUGGGAAAUUCACAAUUGCGGAGUUUAAAGGAACUUCAUGGCUAUUCAAUUAGACAUGGGUUUCAAUACCAUGAAUUGGUGGCCAAUGCUUUUAUUGCUGCCUAUGCCAAGUGUGGGUUGCUGAGUUCUGUUGAAUGUGUUUUCAACAGUAUGGAAACGAAGACUGUGAGUUCUUGGAAUGCACUUAUUGUUGCUUAUGUGCAGAAUGGUGAUCCUAGACAAGCUUUAAGCUCAUACACUCAAAUGAUAUGUUCAGGCUUGGAACCUGAUUGGUUUAGCAUUUGCAGUCUUCUUUUAGCUUGUGUUCACCAGAAAUCUCUGCACUAUGGAAAAGAAGUUCAUGGAUUUGUGGUAAGAAAUAGAUUAGAAAAAGAUCCGUUUAUUGGUGUCUCACUAUUAUCCCUCUACAUACAUUUUGGAAAAUUAUCCUUUGCACGUUUAUUGUUUGAAGGGAUGGAAAACAAAUCUUUAGUUUCCUGGAAUGCAAUGAUUUCUGGUUACUCACAAAAUGGAUUUCCAGAGGAAGCCUUGUCUUUGUUCCGUAAAUUGCUUUCCAGUAGAAUUAAGCCAUGUGAUAUUUCUAUAGUGAGUGUGCUUGGGGCUUGUUCACAACGAUCAGCUUUGCGUUUGGGGAAAGAAACUCAUUGUUAUGCAUUAAAAUCCCUCCUCCUCGAGGAUGUUUUCGUUGGUUGUUCCAUUGUAGACAUGUAUGCAAAAAAUGGAUGUAUAACAGAAUCUCGAAGAGUUUUCGAUGGAUUGAGAGAUAAAAAUUUGAUAUUAUGGAAUGCUAUUAUUGCUGCAUAUGGAGUUCAUGGACAUGGGAAAGAGGCAAUAGAUCUAUUUGAGAAAAUGAAGAAAGUCGGCAAAAUACCUGAUAGUGUCACAUUUCUUGGUAUUUUAACAGCGUGUAGUCAUGCAGGGCUAGUUGAAGAAGGGCUGAACUAUUUCAAGGAGAUGCGGAAUUCCCAUGCAAUAGAACCAAAAUUAGAGCAUUACAGUUGUGUUGUAGAUAUGUUAGGUCGUGCUGGAGGAUUCAAUGAUGCUCUAAGGUUUGUCGAUAAGAUGCCUGUUCAACCAGACAGCAGAAUCUGGAGCUCAUUGCUUAGUUCCUGCAUAAGUUUUGGUAAUCUGGAAAUGGGAGAGAGAGUUGCAUUGAAGUUAUUAGAAUUAGAACCAAAGAAAGCGGAGAAUUAUGUGUUACUUUCAAACCUGUAUGCUAGAUGGGGUCGAUGGGACGAUGUGCGAAAAGUGAGACAAGUGAUGAAGGAUAUUGGCCUAAAAAAGGAUGCUGGAUGCAGCUGGAUCGAACUUGGAGGUAAUGUAUAUAGUUUCAUUGUAGGGGACAAUUUGUCGCCAAAGUCGGAAGAAAUCCGGUCGAUAUGGAGAAGGUUAGAAAAAGAGAUCAGUAAAGUUGGAUAUAAACCUAACACAGCUUCUGUGUUUCAUGAGGUAGAGGAAGAGAAGAAGAUUAAGAUAUUGAGAGGGCACAGUGAGAAACUUGCAAUUACUUUUGGGUUAUUGAAGACAAAUAAAGGUACAACUCUCAGGAUUUUCAAGAAUCUACGAAUUUGUGUAGAUUGCCAUAAUGCUGCAAAGUUAAUAUCAAAGGUAGUUCAAAGAGAGAUAAUCAUAAGAGACAACAAAAGGUUUCAUCACUUCAGAGAUGGAUUAUGUUCUUGUGGGGAUUAUUGGUGAACAGAUAUUGGCAAGUUUUCCUUAGAUUUGCUUUGAAAUAGUGAGUUAAGGGAGCUCAACGUCUUCACAGAUGCGGAAAUUAUUAGCAUUAUAAUACCUUGAUACUCCAUUGCGAGAAUGUGUAAACUUGUUCCUUACAGGUCAAACAUGUGUAUAUAGAGAAUUGUAAAUCAAUAUGCUUAGAAAUAAUAAUAUUCUCCGCCAUUAUAUUGAUACUA